UUGUGUUAGUGCGUAUAGGGAAGCGAGCAAAAGCGCAUCAUUCAGCUAGUCGGAAGCUAGAGCCCGUUCCUGGUGAAAUUUUGUCCUACUUUAUUCCCUGCUAAAGAUUGUUCCGUCGGUGCCGGAAGACCUAACGAACCGUUAUCAUUAGUGUCGAUUCCCAAGCAGCUGCAAAUAGUCAUGGUUGCAACUAAGAAGACGUUCAACGUUGGUGAUUUGGUUUUUGCCAAAGUUAAAGGUUACCCGCCCUGGCCAGCUAAGAUUACCAGAAUCGAGAAAAGCAAGUACAAUGUGUAUUUUUACGGCACGGGAGAAACCGCCAACAUCAAAUUGGAGGAUCUGUUUAUCUAUCGUGACACUAAGGAAAAAUAUGCCACCGAAAAGAUUAUGAAACGUAAGGGAUUCAAAGAAGCCAUCAUUCAAAUCGAGUCUGCUUUAAAUGGCGAAGAUCCAAGUCCUAUAGCGCUUGGUGGUCAACCCUCUUCAUUGGCAGCUAACGAAUCCAAACCGGAAGAUACCCUAAACACGACCGAGGCCAGCUUUAAUGCUUCUCGUAUAUCGGCUAACUCAACCGUACUUAAUUCUACCAUUAAAACUGAAAGAGGUGAUACUCCGAAUGGUGAAAAACUGUUGAAGCACGUGAGUGCUAUUGGCAAAUCCGUAAAGGAGGAAAGCAAGAAACAAAUCAAGAAAGAGGCUAUUGACAUUACCGCAAUAGUAGCUGCGAGUAAGAGGACUACCGGCGAUGAAAAACUCGCCAAAGAGGAACUGGCGAUUCAGUCCAGCCCUACAAAAGAGCAACCGGAAGUCAUCAGUCGUAGCGGACGAAAAAUCAAACCUAAACGGUUUCUGGACGGCGAAGAUGAAGAUUUGGCAGUCAGUCCUUCACCUGCUAAGAAGAAGGUACCAACGCCGAAGGAAAAAGUUGUCAUUUCCGCUACACCCCCCAAGAAGCCUAAUCCGUUCGAUAAAAUUGAAAGUGAGCGUGUCUACUUCCUUAAGUUGGAACGUGAAUUGGUAGAACUAAAUCUGGAAAUCAAGUCCUGCGUAGGGCUGGCCAAAGCAGAUCCCGAGAAAUGUGUAGAUUUGAUGGAACAGUAUCAAAAAUUGAAAGUAACACCGACAAUGUUGAAAAAGAACCCGAAUUGUGUAGAAACUAUGAAACGUCUGCGAAAAUAUGUUGGCAAUGCAAAGGCAUGGAAUAUGGCUGAUGAAGAGCGAAUCAAGUUCGAUUUUCAAGCACAACAGAUUCGAACCAAGGCCGAGCAGAUCUACAGUCAAUUCAAGACUAUGUUCCCAGUACCGGACGGCAGCGUGCCAUUCUGGGAAGCUUUUUGCGAAGAGGUUGCCAAAUUCGCACAUGCCACCAAAAAUCUGAGUCAGGAGGAGUUAUUUUUACUUGUCGACGAAACAGAUCUCAAGAGCAGUACAGAAAAUGAAAAGAAUGGCAACAGCACCGACGAUGCGGACGACGAUGAGGAGCAGAACAACAGUACAGCAUCGAAGACGACAAAUGAAGAGAGUACGUAAAUUAUUACAUGAUGCUUUCAAAAAAAGAUAGAAUCCCCAUGUCAUCAUGUUCGUUUAGUUUAAAUUUUAAAUACAUACUCGAUACGAGAGUAUAGGAUUAGACUAUUAAAACAACCAGAAAAUUGAUGAGGUUUAAAAUGCUUUUAAGUAUGAUCGAAAAUAAAAUUACGGCUAUUCAUCGUAGUUAAGAUGCAAUCUCUACAAUUAAAAUGUCCUUUUCCGAUACUUUUACAUUGAAGCGUUUUCUCAAACAGUGCACAUGAUCUUUAUCGAUAGUUAUUGUAUUUAAUGAAAAUGAUCUUAAAUGUUUAAAUUUGCUAUUAAAUAAAGAUUUUUGUUGGAGUGUUCGGCAGUAAUUAUUCAUCUUACAGUGAACGAGCGAAAAAGCUGCGCAAUAUGAGUAACUGAAAGAUAUAAAACCAGUAGACGAACUAAGAACCCCUUAUCUUGAUUAACACCGUUCGCAUGGAAAACUGCAGAAGAAUGCUGAAAACAGUAUAAGUUUUUAUUUUGUACAUGAAAUUACUACAACAAUGGUAAAAUAAAGUAAUUUAAUUAAGUUUU